CUGUGAGGGGUGUCCGCGUGUCGUCCACGCAUUUUUGAAUGGAACGCCGGCGCGCGGAGCUGGGGUGGGGGGUAAAUUGGGAAUAGGAAACCCACCACAAUAUAAUGUAGCCAGCCUACAGUACCUACAGCAGGCAGGGGCACGCACUGUAGGCUAGCAGGACCAUGCUUACACGAGUCAAGUCGGCCGUGGCCAACAUAAUGGGAGGUAUUAUGGCUGGGGGGACCAACGGAGAUCACCUGGGCAACUGUGAUUUACCGCUGAAAUUCCCUUACAUGAGACCGGAGUUCUUGGGACUGUCACCAGACGAGAUAGAGUGUUCCGCGGAUCACAUAGCGCGGCCGAUCCUCAUCUUGAAAGAGACGAAUAGACUGCCGUGGUCUACCGGCUAUGCGGAGGUGAUCAACGCUGGGAAGAGUGCGCUGAACGAGGACCAGGCCUGCUGUGAGGUAGUGAACCUGAAGAGGAGGUUACUGGGCCCCGCCACCCCCAACCGCACCCCCACCAACCACCGCCGCGCCUCCCUGCCCCCCAAUGGAGAGGGACUACUGGGAGUCAACGACAACGCUGAUAUGGAGACCCUGGUGUUGCACUACUGGGCGCUGUUCGACGGGCACGCGGGCUCGGGCGCGGCCGUGGUGGCCGCCCGCCUGUUACAUCACCACAUUCUAGAACACCUGCUGGAGGUGCAGGAGAUCCUCCACAACCCCGCCCUGCUGCCCCCCACCUGCUUUGGGGAGGAGUCCAACCACCACCACCACCACCACCACCACAACCACCACCUGUCCUCCGGGGGCGGUGGUGGCGGUGGGGGCGGGGGUGGCGGUGGGGGUGGAGGUGGGGGUACCCAGCAGCGGGCCCUCACCCGGGCUGCUUCGCUCCGGGGGGCCGCAGGGGCGCCUGGGUCCCCUAGCACACCGGCUCCGCGGUUCUUCAUGGAGAAGAAGGUGCAGCACGAGAGCUUGAUCGUUGGUGCCAUAGAAAACGCCUUCAAAGCUAUGGACAUGCAGAUAGAGCGGGAGAAGUCGGUCUACAACAUCUCGGGAGGCUGCACCGCCCUGGUGGUCGUCCACAUGCUGGGCAAGCUAUACGUAGCCAACGCCGGCGACAGCAGAGCUAUCAUCCUCCGCGGUGGCGAGAUCAUCCCCAUGUCAACAGAGUUCACCCCAGAGUCGGAGAGGCAGCGGCUACAGUUUCUGGGCUACAUGCAGCCUCAUCUGCUGGGAAAUGAGUUCACACAUUUGGAGUUUCCCAGAAGAGUGCAGAGGAAGGAAGUUGGCAAGAGGAUGCUGUAUAGGGACUUCACUAUGAAGGGCUGGGCAUAUAAAACCAUAGACGAGGAUGACCUGAAGUUUCCUUUAAUAUAUGGCGAAGGAAAAAAGGCACGGGUAAUGGCCACUAUUGGUGUAACGCGGGGCCUCGGAGAUCACGACCUGAAAGUCCACGACUCCAACAUCUACAUCAAGCCCUUCCUCUCCUGCUGCCCUGAGGUGAAGGUGUACCCCCUCUCCCAGUUUGAGCACGGCGCGGAUGACGUGUUGAUACUGGCAACCGACGGCCUGUGGGAUGUGCUCUCCAACGAGGAGGUGUCUGAGGCUGUCACCUGUUUCCUUGGUAACUGUGACCCUGACGAUCAGAACAGGUACACUAUGGCAGCCCAGGACCUGGUAAUGAGGGCGCGAGGGGUGCUGAGAGAGCGGGGCUGGCGGAUCGCUAAUGACCGCCUGGGCUCCGGAGAUGACAUCUCCGUCUACAUCAUCCCGCUGCUGUAUGGUAACAGGCAGACCUAGCCGACACUGACGCGACAACCCGGGAGCUAGGGAUGCAGGAGGGCAGUGAAAUGGCAGCCUUGUGUAUACAGUACCUACCACCAGGAGCUGAGGGCCCCUGAAGUCCUGUUAGAGUCUUCAAAAUGGCCGACAGCGCCUUCAAGGCCGCUGACAAGAUACGAACGUUCGACCAUCAACGCACCUCACCUGGCGCAGGGUAGCCUAAUACAUUUCCCAUUCAUUUGUUUGUCAACACGGAAGAUCUCAGGAUACGCGUCAUGAGAGAACCUCUUCAGUGCCACCAUUUUGUAUCUUUUUGUUUCCAGACUCGGUACAGAUGUCAGAGCUGCUGAAGAACAGUAUGUAAUAUACUGCUAGCCAUUUUUUUUGUACCAUUCCUGGACUUAUGCUGUUUCUGCUUGCUGCCCAGAGAGGGGCUAUGAGCAUGCCUAAGCGUCGGCUGAUCGUUUAUUUUAAAUGUGAGAUGAUGCACAUGAAAAAAAAGAAAGAAAAUUGGGCCAAGGUGAUACGUAUUUAUUGAUUUUGCAGUUUAACACAGGAUUGUUAAACAAACAUUGUGAAUAUAUAUAAGAUUCCCUCAUCAAAAAUAAGACUUGAAUUAUUGUACAAACAUCUGUUUUUAUUUCAGAUCGCUUAAGCAAAUGUGUGAAAGAUUGUUUCACCGAGUGUCUGUACAGAUAUUAAAAAGACUAAUCAAGAGAGUUGCUUACAAGACAUCAAGAUGGCCCUCCCUUCCUUCUCUCUCUCUCUCUCUCUCUCUCUCUCUCUCUCUCUCUCUCUCCAAGUUAGAGUGGCCAUCUGCUAUGUGUAAAUUUCCACUGACACUAACCUAAACACUGCUGUCAGGGCGCUGGUAUACUGUUAUACUAUGGCUCUCAUUUGGAAAGGAGAGGAGAGGAGAGGGUAGGAGAGGGGAGAGGAGACAAGAGGAAAGGAGAGGAGGAGAGGAGAAGAG